AAAACAAGAAGUUAUCAAUGUCGAAGAGUCCAGUACAGUCGAAAAGAAAAAGGUUGUAAAGAAGAAAGAAGCUGGCUCAAGAGAGAUGACUCCAGAGAAAAAAGUGGCUUCAAGGAAGCAAUCUGUUAGCCGCGUUGAAGAACUCAAAUCUGAAAGUAGAAGGAGUUCUGUUAGUAGUAGGACUGAGGAAACGAUUCACGAAGAUGGAACGAGCACACCAGUUCGCCGCGUAUCAAUUCAAUCGCAAUCCGAAGAAGAAAGUGUAUCGGAAAGUCGACGAUCAUCAAUAAUGAGCCAAAAAGAUGAAAGUAUUGCCUCACAAAAACCCAAAUUACUCGGCAAACCAGUUGAAAAAGAGAAGACCCCCAAGCGAGAUUCCGUCAAAAGUCGUAAAGAUAGCGAUGCACAAGUUGACGCUAAGAAACCUCAGUCGAACGAUGAACCCGACCACACAAAACAAAGUUCGAUCAAACGUAGCUCAGUUAAAAGAGACUCUGUCAAAAGAGAUUCUAUUAAAUCAGAUGAGAAAAUCAUUUCAAACGGCGAUGAAACUUCGGUUACACAUACAAAACAAGCUGAACUUGAAACAAAAAAAUCACCUGAUUCCACCAAAAGGGGGUCCGUUAAAAAAGAACCAACCGAUAAACAAGUUGGUGAAAAUACACCAUCAACCAAAAAACCAACAGAUCUUCUCAAACCUGAUAGUCAAAAGAAACCGAAGCAAUUAGAAGAAAAGAAGGAAACAGAAACACCAAUAACAGAUACGGAUAAAUCACCAACUACACAAAAAACGCCUAAAAAUAUCGAAAAUUUGAAGGAAAAAUCACCACCUAAACAAAAAACGCCGGAAAAAACUGAAAUUCCAAAGGCCAAACCAGAAGAGUCGGAUAGCAGACGAUCAAGUUUGAAACCUGGAUCCAGAUCCGACGAAAGAAAAUCUUCGAUUGAAAAAGUUGAUCUCAAACCCGUGGGUAGUAGUCCUCGCUCCAGUGGUAAAUGGGGUAGGCCACCCCUUGAGAAGCAAGAAAAGAAGGUUGAAAAUUUUGCAGCUAUACAACUUAAGCCUGUGCAAAGAGUUGGAAAAACGCCUGAAAAGGCCGAGAAUGGAAAAAUUUCGUUAAAGAAAACUGGAAAAGAAGAUAAACUGGAAGUUAAAAGAUCAAGUAAGAAGAAGGCAGACAAGGAAAAGAGCUACGAUUUGCCCGAGAUACCAGAUUACGAGAGAGCCGUUUUGGAGAAACCGCAAGAAUUCGACUUUGGAGAGUACGUGCCACGCGGAAAAACGAAGCUGGAAAGACCAGCUACUCAGAAAUUCGACUCCAAGCCUAAGCUACCCGAGAUCAAGGCACCGGAAAUCAAGACACCCAACGAGGCGCCCAAGAUCGAAGUCAUCAAGGACGCGACAUCGCCGUUAAACAGCCGUCGAGGAUCCAUUGUGCCUGGCAGUGGCACCAGCAGUCGACGCGGAUCCCUCAUACCACCCGAGGAGCUCGGACGCAGACCCAGUCUUAUCAUCAGCGACGAGGAACAUAGAAAGCUGAGACCCGGUGAAGUGGUGGAUGAUCGUAAGAAAUACGGAAGGCCAGGCGAAUUGCUUGAUGACGACAAGCGACGUCGUCCGAGCACGGACGCGCGACGACUCAGCGUGGCGGAUCUCGAAAAUAAGAUCAAUCAGCCGAGCACACCGCUCCGAGAUGUUGGAAACCCGGGCCCACCACAAAUCGUCGAUGUGCAAGAGUCGUACUCGGCUGUCGAAGACUCGACGGCAUACCUCACCGUUCAAGUCGAAGGUACUCCAGCUCCGACCUUCAAGUUCUACAAGGGUAUGACCGAAAUUAUUGAAGGAGGUAGAUUUAAAUUCCUCACCGAUUCCGAGACGAACUCGAUUACAUUAUGCAUGCGAAAAACCAAACCGAACGAUGAGGGCACCUACAAGAUCGUUAUUAGCAAUAUUCAUGGCGAAGAUUCGGCCGAAAUGAUGCUUUACGUUUCUGACGCCAGUGGCAUGGACUUCCGUGCUAUGUUGAAAAAACGCAAGUACCAAAAAUGGGCUAGAGAACAAGCUGAACUCGAAAAACCUGACCUCAAGGAAGUAGAAAAACCAAUGCCAGCGUUGAAAAAAGUAGAAAAGAAACCUGACGUUUUCUUGAAACCUCUGAUUGAUCAAUAUGCCAAAGAAGGUAAAGAUAAGAAGACUACAUUUGAAGCAAACUUUUCUAAACCGAAUUGUAAACCAAGAUGGUACUUUAGAAAAGAUGAGCUGUUUGAAUCAAAAAAAUAUAAGUUCAAGAAUGAAGAAGACUGCUAUCAACUCAUUAUUUUGGGACCAAAGGUUGAAGAUACAGGGAAGUACACAAUUGACAUUUCGGGGGUGUCAAGUACAGCUUUCCUUACGGUCGACGAACCCGAUCCAACUUACACUUUCAUUAAACCACUAAACCAACAAACUAGCGGUUUUGAUAAGCAUGAAGUUCAAUUAGAAUGUACAGUUAGUUCGAGCAUGGCACAAGUUUCUUGGUAUAAAGGAAAAAAUAAGUUGGAGGACGGUGACUAUUAUCAAAUUUCGAAAGAUAUGUCUGGCGUUUGUCGCCUAACUAUCCGAAGAGCUACAUUUGACGAUAGUGGCGAAUACUUCUGCAAAAUCAGCAAACAAACUGAUAAAACCGAUACUACUCUUUCUAUUAUUGAGUACCCGUAUAAAUUUGUUAAGGUACUCAAACACCAAACGGCAACUGAGAAAGAAACGAUUACGCUGUCCUGUGAACUUGAUGAUGCCGAAGGUGAAGUAAAAUGGUUCAAGGGCGAGCAAGAAAUAGUAUCCGAUAAAAGAGUUCAGAUUAAAGCAGAGGGUCGAAAAAGGAAACUUAUUAUCAAAGAUGCCAAAGUCACUGACGCUGGAAUGUAUUCUUGCGUUAGUAAUGCUGAUAAAACGGAAGCUGAACUCAUUGUCAAUUAUCUUAACCGUUUCAAUAAAAAACUUAAAGAUACUACAGGUAUAGAACGUGAAAAGGUAGUACUCGAUGUUGAAUUGCAAGAUCAAACAGCUCCAGCAAAUUGGUUCUUCAAUGGAAAACCAAUUGAACCCAGUGAAAGGGUGGAAAUCAAAAAUCUUGGUGGUGGUAAACAUCAGCUUGUUUUUAACCGAGCUGAGAUGGGUGAUGACGGUGAAAUAACAUGUGAGAGUGGAGAAUUAAAGAGUUCGUGUAAAUUAACGAUCAAAAAAGGUGAAAGUCAGCCAAUCGCUGAAAUACCAGAAAAAGUUGAAGGUCCAGCUAGUGCACCAAUUGUUUUCAUCAUUCCAUACAAGAUCGAGGGAACGCGUCAAUCUCAAGUCGAGGCCAAACUUCUUCGAAAUGGAAAAGCCCUUCCUUUGAAAGAUGUUGAAAUUAUCGUAGGUGAAGACAAAAUAACUUAUAAAAUUAAAAAACCUCAACACGAUCAAUCUGGUAUAUACCAAGUAAAUAUUAGCAAUGCUCAAGGAGAAACUGUCCAAGAUGUCUUUGUUAAUAUGCAAGAUGUACCCUCACCACCACUCGAUGUGGAUGUAACUGACGUGUUUGCUACAAGUUGCGUUGUAUCAUUUAAACCAUCCAAAGACGAUGGUGGCUCACCAAUCACAAAAUAUGUAAUUGAACGUUUGGAUAUGAGCUUAAAAUCACAAUGGGAUAGCGUUGGUGAAGUAUUGCCUGGAGAAAAGACUUCUUACAAAGUUGAAGGUUUAACGACGAAAAAAGAGUAUAAAUUCCGCAUUCGCGCUGUUAAUAAGAUAGGAUCCAGUGAACCAGCAAUAUUCAAAAAUCCAGUUCUAAUCAAAGAUCCUUGGGAUGCCCCAUCUAAGCCAGGAAAUGUUGAAGUCGUUGAUUGGGACGUCGAUCAUGCCGAUCUUACAUGGACGAAACCUGAAAGUGAUGGUGGUGCACCAAUUACAGGUUACAUUAUUGAGUAUAAAGAGAAAUUUGGUAAGGAAUGGGUGAAGGGUAAAGAGAUCGAUGGUGAUGUAACUAAAGGCACCAUAGAUGGAUUGAAAGAAGGAACACAAUAUGAAUUCCGCGUAAUAGCUGUUAACAAAGGAGGACCUGGUGAACCAUCCGAUGCUACCAAACCAAUCAUUGCUAAGAGCCGUUUCGUAAAACCAUUCAUUGUUGGCGAUGGGUUAAAGAAUCUUGUAGUUAAAAAAGGACAAGUUAUUAAAUAUGACAUUAAAUACCAAGGCGAACCUGAGCCAGAGGUUAAAUGGUAUUUGGGAGAUAAAGAAUUAAUUCAAGAUAAAGAAGAAAGAUUGACUAUUGACAAAUAUGAAAAAAAUACCGUAUUAACAGUCAGAAAAACAACAAGAGCUGAUUCAGGAAAAUACAAACUUGUGCUUUCAAAUAGCUCUGGAACAUGUGAGAGCGCUGCUGAUGUAGUAGUGCUAGACAAACCAACCCGACCUCUUGGCCCACUCGAAGCUACAGAAAUCCGUAGCGAUCAUAUUACAGUUAAAUGGAAAAAACCAAAAGAUGACGGAGGAAGUGAUAUUACAGGCUAUGUUUUGGAAAAAAUGGAUAUGGAUACAGGAAGAUGGAUUCCUGCUGGCGAAGCUGGUCCAAAUGAACCUCAUACGUUUACUUUCAAUGGCUUAUCGCCAAAGAAAAAAUAUAAAUUCAGAGUAAAGGCUGUAAAUAAAGAGGGCGAGUCAGAACCACUUGAAACUGACGAACCAAUUAUAGCUAAAAAUCCUUACGAUGAGCCUGGAAAGCCUGGUAAACCUGAUAUCAUUGACUACGAUAAUGUUAGUGUGACCUUGAAGUGGGCCAGACCUGAUAGCGAUGGUGGUCGUCCAAUCACUCACUAUACUGUUGAAAUGAAAGAUAAAUUCUCACCAGAUUGGGUUGAAUGUGCUAAAACGAAUGACGACAAACCAGAAGUGAAGGUUGAAGGUUUGAAGGAAAAGAUGGUUUAUCAGUUCAGAGUACGGGCUCAUAAUAAAGCUGGAUGUGGACAACCUAGCGAACCAACUGAUAAUCAUUUAUGCAAACAUAAAAACCUUAAACCAAGAAUUGAUAGAGAAAAUCUUAAAUCAGUCACCAUUAAAGCUGGCAGAACUCAUAAAUGGUCUGUUGAUGUUAUUGGAGAACCACCUCCAGAUUGCAAGUGGGUUUGGAGAGACGAAAUACCUUUACAAAACACAGAGCGUAUUAAAAUUGAAAAUGUCGAUUAUCACACUGACUUCACAUUGACUAAUGCUGUACGAAAAGAUACAGGCAAAUACACUUUGAUUGCCGAAAAUGCGAGUGGCCGAGAUCAAGAAACAGUUGAACUUAUAGUUUUGAGUAAACCAUCUCCACCUAAAGGUCCUCUUGUUGUUUCUGAUGUUACUAAGACUAGUGCCAAGGUCAAAUGGGAAAAACCAGAAGAUGAUGGUGGUGUUCCAGUUAAAGAAUAUGAAAUUGAAAAAAUGGACACCAAAACUGGUAAAUGGGUUAGAGUUGGUAAAGUUCCUGGAGAUAAAACUGACUUUGACAUCACUGGCUUGAAUCCUGGUAGUGAAUAUAAAUUCCGAGUUACGGCUAUUAAUGAUGAAGGCGAUUCUGAACCACUAGAAAGUGAACGUGGCGUUAUUGCCAAGAAUCCAUUUGACGAACCUCUCAAACCUGGUACUCCAGUAAUUACAGAUUACGAUAAUGAAUCAGUAGACAUCAAGUGGACAGCUCCUGAAUUCGAUGGUGGUGCACCAAUCGAAAAGUACAUCAUUGAGAAAAAAGAUAAACUUAAACCAGAAUGGGAAAAGGCAAUUGAAGUCCCUGGAAAUGUUUUGGAAGGAAAAAUACCAAAUUUGAAAGAAAAAGGAGAGUAUCAAUUCCGUGUUAUUGCCGUCAAUAAAGCUGGCCCAUCACCGCCAUCAGAUGCUUCAAAAUCUCAAAUUUGCAAACAUAAAUCUCUGAAACCUAGAAUUGAUAGAACAAAUCUCAAACCAAUAGUUGUAAGAGCUGGCAAAAUGGUCAAAUAUGAUGUUGACGUAAGAGGUGAACCACCUCCAGUGACAACUUGGUAUCACAAAAAUAAUGAAAUCAAGUCUGGAAAGAAUAUCGAAAUUGUUGAUGUUGAGUACAAUACCAAACUUACAAUCAAUGAUGCACUAAGAGCAAAUACUGGAGUUUGGAAAAUUAAGGCAGUUAAUGCUCAUGGUGAAGAUGAAGCUGAAGUUGAGGUUACUGUUUUAUCUGCACCGUCAAAACCACAAGGACCUCUGAAAGUUUCCGAUGUUACAAAGAAUGGUUGCAAACUAAAAUGGGAAAAACCAGAAGACGAUGGUGGCAAACCAAUCACAGGCUAUCAAGUUGAAAAGUUGGACAAAAGUACUGGUCGUUGGGUUCCAGUUGGGCGUACUAAUGAUACUGAAAUAGAUGUGAAAGGUUUACAAGAAGGUCAUGAUUAUGAAUUCCGGGUGAAAGCUAUUAAUGAAGAAGGAGAGUCAGAGCCUCUUGUAACAGAUCGUGCGAUUACGGCUAAAAAUCCAUUUGAUCUUCCUGGUAAACCAAGCGUACCCGAGUUCGUUGACUGGGAUGUCGAUCGUGUAGAUCUCAAAUGGGAAGCACCGUCAGAUGACGGUGGUGCCCCUAUUACAGGAUACAUAAUAGAAAAGAAAGAAAAAUUAACCAGUCACUGGGAAGAAGCAGAAACUACAACUGGGCCCACGCCAAAGGGACGAGUUUCUGGUCUCAAAAAAGGUUCGACUUAUCAAUUUAGGGUUCGUGCAGUAAAUAAAGCUGGUCCAGGUGAACCAGGAGAGCCUACCAAACCUCACGUUGCAAAAGCACGCUUCCUUAAGCCUCACAUCAAUCGUGAUAAGCUUCAAACGAUUAAAGUGCGAGCUGGACAAAUGGUUAAACUCGAAGUCGAUGUUGAAGGUGAACCAGCACCAGUAGUUACAUGGAGCAGAGGAGUAAAACCUUUAUCUACAAGUGCCAAUGUUAAAAUUGAUAAUGUAGAUUAUCUAACCAAAAUCCAGUUAUCUAAUACUACUCGAGAAGAUACUGGAAAAUAUACCAUUAAAGCUGUAAAUGAUUCUGGCUCGGAUGAAGCUGAUGUAGAAAUAAUUAUUCUUGAUAAACCUGGAAAACCGGAAGGUCCUCUCGAGGUUACGGAUGUUCAUAAAGAAGGAUGUAAACUAAAAUGGAAAAAACCGAAAGAUGAUGGUGGUUUACCACUCACUAGUUACAUUCUAGAAAAAAUGGAUGUAACAUCUGGUCGUUGGGUACCUGCUGGUAUUGUGGAUCCUGAUAAGACUGAGCAUACCAUUACUGGGCUCGAACCUGGAAGAAAGUAUGAAUUCCGCGUUAAAGCUGUCAACGAAGAAGGUGAAUCAGAACCUCUUCAAACUGAUACUGCUGUUCUCGCAAAAGAUCCCUUUGAUACGCCUGCUGCACCAGGUCUACCCGAAAUUGUUGAUUGGUCUGAAAAUAUGGUGAAAUUGAAAUGGGAACCACCACUAAGAGAUGGAGGUGCUCCAAUAACUGGUUAUAUUAUUGAAAUGAAAGAUAAAUUUGCUCCUAACUUUACGAAAGCAAUUGAAGUCGAUGGCCCAGUAUGUACUGGAGUAGUUCCUAAAUUAGAGGAAGGCAAUCAAUAUCAAUUCAGAGUUAGAGCCGUUAAUAAAGCUGGACAAGGAGAACCAAGCGAAGCUACAAAUCCACAUACAGCAAAGGCUCGUUGGCUUAAACCAUACAUUGAUAGAACCAAUCUUCAACAAACUACCAUCAAAGUAGGCUUGACAUUGUCACUUGACAUUAAGAUCAUUGGUGAACCACCUCCAACCGUAACGUGGUCAUACAAAGGAACAGAACUUAAAUCAGAUGACCAAAUUCGCAUAGAUAAUGUUGAUUACAACACAAAGUUUUUAAUUUUAAAAUGUAAACGAGCACAUACUGGUCGUUAUACAAUUAAAGCGAAAAACGAAGUUGGCGAAGACGUUGCCGAGUUUGAUCUUCUCGUUUUAGGAAAACCCAGCAAACCAAAAGGUCCACUUGAUGUAUUAGAUGUAACCAAGCAUGGUUGUAAAUUGAAAUGGAAAAAACCAGAUGAUGACGGUGGAGCACCAGUGGAAUAUUAUGAAAUCGAAAAAUUAGAUCCACUAUCGGGUCAGUGGGUAUCAUGUGGUAGAUCAACGGAGCCAGAGGCAAACGUGACAGGUUUAUUGGAAGGUAAACCUUAUAAAUUCAGAGUGAAGGCAGUUAACAAAGAGGGUGAUUCCGAAGAAUUGGAGGCCGAUAAGUCAAUAAUUGCCAAAAAUCCAUUUGAUGAACCUGGUAAACCUGGUCGACCUAAUCUGACUAACUGGGAUAAAGAUUUCGUCGAUCUUACGUGGACGCCACCUACCGAAGACGGAGGUGCACCGAUUGAAAAAUACAUUGUUCAAAUGCGUGAUAAGGCAGGUAGACAAUGGGUCGAUGCAGCUGUAGUUCCUGGAACCAAAACUGAUGCGAAGGUUAUCAAUGGUAUUGAAGAGGGUCAUGAGUAUGAGUUUAGAGUUGUGGCCGUAAAUAAAGCUGGUCCGGGAGAACCAAGUGAUGUUUCUAAGAGCGUUAUUGCCAAACCACGUUUCCUUGCUCCUCAUAUUGAUCGAACAAACCUACAAAAGAAGACAAUGCGCGUAGGACAAAUAUUGCGCAUGGAAGCAAAUAUAACUGGUGAGCCGGCUCCAACCAUUGUAUGGAAACUCAAAAAUGUCACUCUGAAAACACAAGAUCGUUUGAAAAUUGACAAUGAAGAUUAUCAUACUAGUUUUAUACUUACAAAAUUAGAGCGAAAUGAUACUGGAACAUACGUAGUGAAUGCUAGAAAUGAUAGCGGAGAAGACGAAGUUGAAGUCGAAGUUCAAGUUGUAAGUAAACCAGGCAAACCUAAAGGUCCGCUGAAAGUUUCUGAUGUUAACGCUGAAGGCUGUAAAUUGAAAUGGGAGAAACCAGAUGACGAUGGUGGCGAACCAAUAGACCAUUACGUAAUUGAGAGAAUGGAUGUAAACAUGGGUCGAUGGGUCCCUUGUGGUGUUACUAAAUUACCUGAAGCUGAAGUAUGCGGUCUUAACGAAGGUAAUGAUUAUCAAUUCAGAGUCAAAGCAGUCAAUAGUGAAGGAGAAUCUGAACCAUUGGAAACAACGACACCAACAACAGCUAAGAAUCCUUAUGAGGUACCUGAUGCUCCAGGAAAACCAGAGUUUAAGGACUGGGAUAAGAAUCAUGUUUCACUCAAAUGGACUGCACCUAAAAAUGAUGGUGGUGCUCCAAUCGAAAAAUAUAUUGUUGAAAAGAAAGAUCAAUAUGGUAAAUGGCAAAAAGUUGCUGAAUCGCCUGCCCUUCGUACAGAAGCUAGAGUUGGCGAUCUCAUUGAAGGGCAAAAGUAUCAAUUCCGAGUAAAAGCGGUUAAUAAAGCAGGUGCAAGUAAACCAAGUGAAAAUAGCGAUAGUCUUUUGGCUAAAGAUAGAUAUGCUGCUCCUAAAAUUGAUCGUACCAAUCUAAAGGACUUGACAGUUAAAGCUGGAAAUCAUGUUCGGUUGGAUGUUAGAGUCAGUGGUGAACCACCUCCAACCAAAAUAUGGUACUUGAACAAGAAGAAACAAGAAAGUGAAUCAGGAGGUGUUUUAAUUGAAGAAGAAGAUUAUAGAACCAAAUUUUCAAUUGGUUUCGCUACUAGAGCUCAUACAGGAAUUAUAACACUAAAAGCUGAAAAUGAUUCUGGUAAAGAUGAUGCUAGCAUUACUCUGACUGUUUUGGACAAACCAGGAAAACCAGAAGGUCCACUCAAGGUUGACAAAGUUCAUAAAGAAGGCUGUAGUCUUAAAUGGAAUCCACCACUUGACGAUGGAGGAGUUCCAAUCGAUCAUUAUGUUGUUGAAAAAAUGGAUACCAUUAGUGGAAGAUGGAUUCCGGUUGGAAGAACUUUAGAACCAAAAAUGGAUGUUGAAAAUUUAGUGCCAGGACAAGAAUACAAAUUCCGUGUAGCUGCUGUUAAUGCUGAAGGUGAAUCAGAGCCAUUAGUGACCGAACAAGCUAUCGUUGCUAAGAAUCCAUUUGACGAGCCAGGACCUCCUGGUAGACCAGAAGCUACUGACUGGGAUAAGGACCAUGUUGAUCUCAAAUGGACGCCACCGAUGAAAGAUGGCGGUUCUCCAGUUACUGGAUAUAUUAUAGAGAAAAGAGAAAAAGGCAGUCCAAGGUGGAUAAAAGCAGUUGAAACAGUUGGACCUGAUUGUAAGGGUAAAGUUGAUAAUCUAGACGAAGGUCAGGAAUAUGAAUUUAGAGUUCGUGCGAUCAAUGAGGCUGGCCCUGGUGAGCCUUCUGAUGUAAGUAAACCAAUUACUGCGAAAUGCAGAAGAUUGCCACCUAAAAUUGACCGAAAGAACCUACGAGAUCUCACUGUACACGAAGGUGAACCAAUUAAAUUCGACGUUAAAGUAUUUGGCGAACCAGCUCCAGAUGUAUCAUGGUCUAUAAAUGGAAAAAUGGUUCAUCAAACUACAUACCGUCGCGUAGAAAAUGUUCCGAAUAAUACUAAAUUUUUCAAUGAUAGACCAGAGCGCAAAGAUACAGGUGUAUACAAAAUCACGGCAAAUAAUCAGUAUGGUUCUGACACUGCUGAAGUAGAAGUAACAGUUGUUUCUAAGCCUGAUAAACCCGAAGGACCACUUGAAGUGUCAAAUGUUCACAAAGAUGGUUGUACUCUGAAAUGGAAAAAACCGAAAGACGAUGGAGGUGAACCUAUUGAAGGUUAUAUUGUUGAGAAGUUUGAUCCAGAAACUGGAGUUUGGUUGCCAAUUGGUCGCACUCCAGUUCCUGAGAUGAAAGUAGAAGGUUUGACUCCUGGUCAUGAGUACAAAUUCCGAGUAAAAGCACUUAAUAAGGAAGGUGAAUCAGAGCCUCUCGAAACUCUCGGAUCUAUUAUUGCUAAAGAUCCAUUCACUAUUCCUUCACCACCUGGUGCUCCUGAAUUCGUUGAUUGGACGGCUAAUCAAGUUGAUCUUAAGUGGAAAGAACCCGUUAGUGAUGGUGGAGCUCCUAUUACCGGCUACAUAAUUGAAAAGAAAGAUAAAUAUAGUACGAUGUGGGAAAAAGCUGCAGAAAGGGAUGUACCGGUAUGCUCAGCACUUGUUACUGGUCUGAUAGAAGGAAACGAAUAUGAGUUCCGCGUUAUUGCUAUAAAUAAAGCUGGCAAAUCGGAACCUGGCGAUUCAAGCAGAACAUUUGUUGCCAAACCUCGUUUCUUGGCUCCUAAAAUUGAUCGUCGUACGCUGAGAGAUGUGACCCUUUCUGCUGGUUCAACUCUGAAAUUCGAUGUGAACGUAAUUGGGGAACCUCAUCCAACUAUGAACUGGCGAUUUGGCUCAAUGCCUCUUACACCUAGCCGAUCAGUAUAUAUUGAUAACACUGAUUACACAAGCAAACUGACUGUACGCCCUGUAAAACGAGAUGAUACUGGAGAUUACAUCAUCAUUGCCACAAAUUCCUGCGGAAAAGAUACAGCUACAGUCAAAGUAACUGUAACUGAUAAACCAUCAGCACCUGAAGGACCUCUUGCUGUUACUGAUGUACACAAAGAAGGUUGCAAACUCAAAUGGAAACGGCCACUUGACGAUGGUGGUCUCCCAAUUGAGUAUUAUCAAAUUGACAAAAUGGAUACUGACACUGGUUGUUGGGUACCAUGUGGUCAUUCUCGCGAUACUAAUCUUGAUGUAACUGGUUUAACACCUGGUCGCGAGUAUAAAUUCCGAGUAUCAGCUGUAAAUCAGGAAGGUGAAUCAGAACCAUUAGUUGCAGAGCAAACAAUUGUUGCGAAAAAUCCAUUUGAUGAGCCAGGCAAACCUACUGAUCUUGAAGCCACAGAUUGGGAUAAAGAUCACAUUGAUCUGAAAUGGCGACCACCACUUAACGAUGGAGGAGCUCCAAUUACAAGUUAUGUUAUCGAAAAGAAAGAUAAAUAUGGUGAAUGGGAAAAAGCAUUAGAGGUUCCUGCAUUUGGAGAUGCAGAUACACCAGUAAGAGCUACUGUGGGAGAUUUAAUUGAAGGACAACCCUACGAAUUCCGUGUUCGAGCAGUCAAUCAAGCUGGACCAAGUGAACCAUCGAAUCAAACACCUGUUAUUUAUGCCAAGCCUCGAAAUCAGGCACCUAGAAUUGAUAGAACUAACUUGAAUGAUAUUAAAAUCAAAGCAGGCCAGAACUUUAACUUUGAUGUUAAAGUUAGCGGUGAACCUCCGCCAACAACUAGAUGGCAAUUGGAUAGUAAAGAUAUCAGACCAGGUGACCGCACUAAAAUUAAGGAUGUAGAUUAUAAUACUCAGUUAACAGUUCGUAUGGCCACUCGAGCCGAAUCAGGAAAAUACCAAAUUAUUGCAGAAAAUAUUAAUGGUAAAGAUGUAGCUUAUGUCAAAGUUACAGUAAUGGAUAAACCUGGAAUGCCUGAAGGACCAAUUCGAGUGUCCGAUAUCACCGCUGAUGGAUGUAGGCUUUCUUGGAAGCCACCUCUAGAUGAUGGUGGAUGUCCAAUAGAAAAAUAUCAAGUUGAAAAACUCGAUGAAUCCUCUGGAAGAUGGGUUCCAGCUGGCGAAACUGAUGGUUCUGAAACAAAUCUUCAAGUUGAAGGAUUAAUACCCAAUCACAAAUACAAAUUUAGAGUCAGAGCCAUUAACAAACAAGGCAAAGGUGAACCACUUGCAACUCAAGCAGCAAUUGAAGCUAGGAAUCCCUUCGAUGAGCCUGGUAAACCCGGUACACCUAAGAUCAAAGAUUACGAUUCUGAUUUUGUUGAGUUAGAAUGGACUCGUCCUAUUGAUGAUGGAGGAUCUGCUAUUACUGGAUACAUAAUUGAAAAAAGAGAUAAAUUCAGUCCUACUUGGGAUAAAUGUGCUGAAGUGGAAGAUGAUGUAAUUUCAGGAAAGGUUAAAGACCUUAUUCCGGGAACUCAAUAUGAAUUCCGAGUAAGAGCUGUCAAUAAAGCUGGACCAGGAGAACCAUCUGAUGCAACUAAACCUCACAUUGCACGCCCGAAAAAUCUUCCUCCGAAGAUCGAUAGAAAAUAUAUGCUGGAUGUCAAAGUCCGUGCUGGAGCCUUCUUCGACUUCGAUGUUCCGGUCACAGGUGAACCACCACCAAAGAAAGAAUGGUCGCUUAAGGGUAAUGUCAUCACUUCUGAUGACAGAAUUAAGAUAGUUAAUGAAGACUAUAACACUAGAGUACGUGUUCUUGAAGCGUUGCGCUCUGAUUCCGGAGAAUACACGCUUACAGCGCGUAACACAAAUGGCAAGGACAGUGCUACUUUGAAAGUUACAGUUCUUGAUGUUCCUUUUGCCCCAGAAGGUCCAUUGAAGAUAAAAAAUAUUACAAAGAGUGGAUGUCACCUUGCUUGGAAACCACCUAAAGAUGAUGGUGGGUCAGAUAUUUUAUAUUACACUGUUGAAAAAAUGGACGCUGAAAAUAUGCGAUGGGUUCCAUUGUGCGAGGCUACUGGUACAAGUGCAGAUAUUGAUCAUUUAAUCGAAGGUCAUCAAUACAGCUUCCGCAUUAGAGCUGUAAAUAAACAAGGUGAAUCGCCUCCUCUCAAUGGACUUGAAAGCAUAUUUGCUCUUGAUCCAUUCGGAAAACCUGAAAAACCAGGAACUCCAGUUAUUACUGAUUGGGAUAAGAAUCGUGUUGAUUUAGAGUGGACUCCGCCAAAACGAGACGGUGGAGCACCAAUUGAACAGUAUUUCAUCGAAAAACGUCCUAAGUUUGGACAAUGGGAAAAAGUACUCGAAGUCGAUGGCGAUAAAACUAAAGCAAGGGUACCUGAUUUGGUUGAAGGCGAAGAAUAUGAAUUCCGUGUAAUUGCCGUUAAUGAAGCAGGUCCUGGUGAACCAUCUGAUGCUUCACAGUCGAUCGUUGCUAAAGCACGAUAUGUAAAACCACACUUUGACCCACACCUUUUGCACGAUAUCGUUGUUCGAGCCGGACAGAAAGUUGGCUGGGAUUUACCGAUCGAAGCGUCUCCGAAACCAAUUGCCAAAUGGUCUAUUAAUAAUAUACCUGUUGAAGCUGAUGACAGACAUGAUAUUUUCACAACGCAUACCAAUACUUGUUUUGAAAUUCCAUUUGCACACCGAUCUGACAGUGGUCGAUAUGUAUUAACUCUUGAGAACGAUCUGGGGGCUUUUAGUGCCGGUGCAAAUGUAACUGUUAUUGAUAAGCCAUCCGCACCUAGAGCACCAUUCGUAGUAUCAAAUAUUACGAAGGAGAGCUGUCAUUUAUCUUGGGAAGCACCAGCUGAUAAUGGAGGAACACCAAUUUUACAUUAUAUUAUUGAAAAAAUGGACGUUUCUCGUGGAACUUGGACUGAUGCUGGUAUGAGCAUGGUGACGAAACAUGAUGUUGCCAGAUUGGUACACAAAAAAGAGUACUAUUUCCGUGUAAAGGCUGUAAAUAGCGUUGGUGAAUCAGAGGCUUUAGAAACAACUAAGAGCAUUAUAGCAAAGAAUGAGUUUGAUGAACCAGAAGCUCCAGGAAAGCCUAACAUUGUUGACUGGGAUAAGGACCAUGUAGAUCUCGAAUGGCCUUCACCAGAAAGUGACGGUGGUUCACCACUUACGGGUUAUAUUAUUCAAAAGAAAGAGAAAAAUAGUCCAUACUGGACGAAUGCUGUUCACGUACCACCGACACAAAACAGUGCAACUGUGCCGGACUUAACUGAAGGCCAAGAGUAUGAGUUCAGGGUAAUUGCUCAGAAUGCAGCUGGACAAUCUGAACCUUCUGAGCCGAGUGACAUGGUUAUGUGUAAACCACGUCAUCUGGCACCUAAAAUCAAAACGCCUCUGGAUGAUAUCAAGGUCAGAGCAGGACAUAUUUUCCAUUUGGACGUUGAUUUCAUUGGUGAACCAAUUCCAGAAGUAAAAUGGAGCCAAAAUAAUAAAGAUGUAGUUUCAAAUAGAAGAACUACUGUUACGUCUAUAGGCUAUCAUACAAUACUACACAUCGUUGAUGCCAAGAGAGACGAUUCUGGUACUUAUUCGUUGAUGUUGAAAAACGACAGUGGAGUUGACGAAGGCUCCUUUAAAUUAACGGUGCUUGAUAGACCAGGACCACCACAAGGACCUCUUGAAUAUGAAGAAAUAACUGGUCAAUCAGUUACGUUAUCUUGGAAAGCACCGAAAGACAACGGUGGCAGUGAAUUAACUGGAUACAUUAUUGAAAAGCGCGAUCUUACCCAUGGAGGAGGUUGGGUUCCAGCAGUAUCUCAUGUGAAUCCCAAAUUCACACAUGCCACUGUACCUAGACUGAUUGAGGGUACCAAUUACGAAUUCCGAGUUUCUGCAGAAAAUCUUCAAGGUAGAUCAGAGCCUUUGAAUACAGACAGAGCUGUUGUGGCGAAAAAUCAGUUUACCGUACCAGGUCAACCAGGCCGUCCUGAAUGCGUUGAUGCAGAUAAAGAUCACAUCACUAUUCAAUGGACGCCACCAAUUAGCACAGGUGGAUCGCCAAUCAUUGGAUAUGACAUUGAAAGGCGAGAUAGAGCUACAGGCCGCUGGUUGAAACUAAACAAAGAACCCGUGAAACCUCUUGAUUAUUACGAUGAUCAUGUUUCAGAGGGUCAUCAAUAUGAAUAUCGAGUAACCGCGGUCAAUGCAGCUGGUGCAGGUAAACCUAGUGAUGUGUCGCAUGUAAUAACCGCUAAACCCAUGAAAGAAAAACCUAAACUAUACUUGGAUGCUCUUAUUGGACGAAGAAUCAAAGUUCGCGCAGGAGAACCAAUUAAUAUCAAUAUACCAUUAACUGGUGCUCCUACUCCCACAAUUGAGUGGACAAAAGAUCGUCUUCGCGUUGUGGAAACUUUACGUAUCUUAUGCGAAACAAAGAGCGAUCACACGCAAUUACUUAUUGAUAAAUCAAUUCGUGAAGAUGCCGGAAAAUACACGAUCGUAGCGUUCAAUGAUUAUGGACGUGAUUCAGCUGAUAUAGAAGUAAUAGUUGUUGAUAAACCUGGACCACCAGUUGGUCCAAUACAUUACACAGAAACAACCCAGGACAGUGUUUCUCUUUCUUGGAGUCCACCAUUGGAUGAUGGUGGCUCUGGUAUUACCAACUACAUUGUGGAAGUCGCAGACUUUGGAUCUGAGAACUGGAGACAAUGUCCAGGAUAUUGCCCAACAACACACUUUAUUGCCAAAGGUCUCACAGAAGGAAAACGUUAUGUAUUCCGCGUACGCGCUGAAACAAUUUAUGGAGUUUCAGAACCUUUGGAAGGCAAACCGGUCACAGCUAAGUGUCCAUUUGAUCCACCAGGACCUCCUAGUCAACCCGAAAUUUUAGGCUACACACCAAACAGCUGCACUUUGGCAUGGAAUCCACCAACAAUAACUGGUGGUAAACCUAUAACUGGCUAUAUAGUUGAAAAACGAGAACGAGGAGGAGAAUGGUUGAAGGCAAAUAACUAUCCUACUCCAAACACUACAUUCACUGUUCAAGAUUUGCAUGAAGGUAACAGAUAUGAAUUCCGUGUCAUUGCUGUGAAUGAAGCUGGACCUGGACAACCCAGCAAACCUACUGAACCUAUCACUGCUGGCCACCAAAGAACUGCACCAGAUGCACCAGAGCAACCAAAGGCAGAUCGUAUUACCAAAGAUUCUGUUACACUAUCGUGGCGGCCACCUCGUUAUGAUGGUGGUGCUAAAAUACGUGGAUACAUCAUUCAACAAAAGAAAGCUCGUGGUGAUGAUGAUUGGGAUGAAGUGAACGGUGCUCCAGUGCCACUGACAUCAUUUACUGUACCUCAUUUAACAUUAGGAGAAGAGUAUUUGUUCCGAAUCAUCGCCGUUAAUGAUAUCGGUAAAAGUCCUCCUAGCAGAGCCAGCAAUCCAAUUACCAUCGAAGAACAACCAAAUAAACCAGUAAUGGAUCUAGGUGGUAUUCGGGAUAUCACAGUACGCGCAGGAGAAGACUUUAGUAUUCAUGUACCUUAUAUUGGUUUCCCUCAACCAUUUGCAACGUGGUAUGUUAAUGAUGUAGUAAUCGAUGAAAAUACUGACAAACGAAUUCAUCUUCAAUUAGCUGAAGAUUAUGCCAGCUUAGUUGUUAAAAAUUCGAAGCGUUCAGACGCUGGACAAUACCGAUUACAAUUGCGCAAUCCAUCUGGUUUUGAUACCGCUACUUGCAAUGUUAGAGUGUUAGAUAGACCAUCACCACCACAAAAUUUGAGAGCAGACGAAUUCGCUGGUGAUGCUUUAACACUUUAUUGGAAUCCACCAAAAGAUAAUGGAGGUGCCGAAGUUACAAACUAUGUUAUUGAAAAGAAAGAACAAAGAUCAUUCGAAUGGUCUAAAGUAAGUGCUUGCACAACAUCCACGUUUGUUCGAGUACGUAACCUUGCUGUUGGAACAGUCUAUGAUUUCCGAGUAAUGGCUGAGAAUCAGUAUGGAACAUCUGAACCAGCUCAAACGACAGAUCCUAUUAAAGCAAGAUAUCCAUUUGAUCCUCCUGGGCCACCAGGAGCUCCUCGUGGGGUCGAAACAAGCGAAGACAGUAUAACUAUUAACUGGACGAAACCUCGAAAUGAUGGCGGUUCACCAAUCACUGGUUAUAUAGUAGAAAGACGCUUGUUUAAUGAUGAAAAAUGGAUCAAGGCCACACAAGCAAUUGUGACUGAUACAACUUACAGAUGCGCUGGCCUGAUUGAAAAUUACGAAUAUGAAUUCCGUGUUGCUGCGGUAAAUGCAGCAGGACAAGGUCCAUUCAGUACAGGUUCAGAUGCUAUUCGAGCUUCUGCUCCAUCAUUUGCUCCAAAGAUUACUAGCGAUCUUAGCAUUCGAGAUAUGACAGUAAUUGCUGGAGAACCAUUCACUAUCACUGUACCAUUUGUUGCUAAACCAAGACCAAGACCAGCAUGGUGCAUCAAUGGAGAUGAACUUGGAUCCGACGAUAGAAUCAAGUUUGAAACCAAUGACUAUGAAACUCAAUUUAUCAAUAAAAAAGCUAAGAGAUCAGAUACUGGCACUUACACAAUUUACUUAACAAAUGAGCUAGGAACGGAUUCUGGUAGUUGCAAAGUUCUUGUUGUUGAUCGACCAUCGCCGCCGCAAGGACCUUUAGAUGUAUCUGAUAUAACACCAGAAUCAUGUACAAUCAGUUGGAAAGUUCCACUUGACGAUGGCGGUUCACCAAUUACAAAUUAUAUUGUUGAGAAAUUCGAACCACUCGGUUUCUGGACUAAAUUGAGCAGCUUUGUAAGAAGAACUCAUUACGAUGUGUUUGGAUUAGAACCAAACAAAAAGUACAACUUCCGCGUCAGAGCUGAAAAUCAAUAUGGAGUAUCAGAGCCCCUCACUGGUAUAGACGGAAUUACAGCCAAAUUUCCAUUCAAUGUUCCUGAUCCACCUGGUAGACCUCGUGUCUCAGAUUGGGAUUCAACUAGUAUUACUGUUAGUUGGGAUCGACCCGUUUCGGAUGGUGGUUCCCGAAUUCAAGGUUACAAAGUUGAAUUUAGAGACCCGGCAGAUGACACAACCUGGCGAGUUGCUAAUGAUUAUCUAGUUAAAGAUACAAAUUACGUAUGUUACAACCUUCUUAGUGGUCAUGAAUAUGAAUUCCGUAUAAGAGCGAAAAACGCUGCUGGAAUGAGCAAACCAAGUCAAGCAUCCACGCCAUUUAAAUUGAAGAGUAAAUGUAUGGUGCCAGAUGCUCCAAGAAAUCCUCAAGUUGUCAAAGUCGGAAAGAAUUAUGUUGACCUGCGAUGGGAAGCGCCUGCAUCUGACGGUGGCAGCAGGAUAACUGGUUAUUUGAUAGAGAAACGAGAAAUCGGUAGUGCAAUUUGGAUGAAAUGCAACGACUAUAAUAUCACAGAUCUCGAAUACACUGUUAUGCAUCUCAUUGAAAAGGGUGAUUAUGAAUUUAGAAUAUUUGCUAUUAAUGCAGCGGGACGUUCAGAUGCUAGCCCAUGCACCACUCCAGUCAAGAUUUGUGAAGUUGAAGGAGGUGUGAAACCUGAAUUUAUUAGAACUCUGCAAUAUUCUCAAGGCGUAGCCUUAGGAAAAACUCACGUGUUUGAAUGUGAGGCGACUGGCAAACCAAUGCCAACAUCUCGAUGGUUGAAGAACGGCCGUGAAUUAACUAUUGGAGGACGUUUCCGUAUAGAAGAUUGGGAUGGAGUAUUCCGAUUAGUUAUUACGGAAGUUUAUGAAACAGAUGAGGGAGACUACACGUGCCAAGCUCACAAUGCUGUUGGUUACGCUAGUACUACAGGCAGACUGAAGAUAGGUUCACCACCACGUAUCGAUCGCAUGCCUGAAGAUCUGUUCUUACCUGAAGGUGAAAAUACAAAGAUCAAAAUAUAUUACGCUGGUGAUCAGCCAAUGACCGUCACUCUUAAGAAGAGUGGUAAGAAACUACCAGAGUCUUCAGAUCAUCUCAAAUACACAGUAUUCGAUGACUAUAUUAUCAUAUUUAUAAAAGAAAUCAAUAAAGAUUCUGAUUCUGGAUCUUACGAAGUUAGUCUAGAAAAUGAAAGUGGAAGUGCAACUGGCGUAUUUAAUGUUUACAUUACUGGAUUACCAGGACCACCACAGGGUCCACUUGAAGCAUCACACAUUGAUAAGCACACUUGUCAGCUCAAUUGGCAUCCUCCGAAAUUCGAUGGUGGUCUGAAAGUGACGCACUAUGUAGUAGAAAGACGCGAUGUAACUCACAGUCAAUGGAUAACGAUUUCUAUGUUUGGUUGCAAAGAUACUCGUUAUCAGGUUCAAGGUUUGACCGAAGGACAAGAAUACUUGUUUAGAGUUAUGGCUGUGAACGAAAAUGGCAUGGGUCCACCUUUAGAAGGAACAAAUCCAGUUAAAGCAAAGGCUAUCUAUGAUCCGCCAGGACCGCCUGGAGUACCUAAAGUUACACAAGUUGGAGGCAACUUUGCCAAUAUAUCAUGGGAUAAACCAGAAAAUGAUGGUGGUGCUAGAAUACAAGGUUACUGGAUCGACAAACGAGAAAUUAAAGAACCAGAAAGCUGCUGGCAACGUGUUAAUCCAUCAAUUUGUUUACCAAACCAGAUUAAUGUUAGUAAUUUGGUCGAAGGUCGGCGAUAUGAAUUCCGUGUAUUCGCUCAAAAUGAAGCUGGUAUUGGCCCUGAAUCGAAGGCCUCAACAUCGGUUGAGAUUCGAGAUCCUCAAGCUGCAAAACCACCAGAAAUAUUGAAACCUUUGCCGAAAACACUCAAUUGCGCUGAGAACCAUAACGCUCAUUUCAAAUGUCUGAUUAUUGGUGUACCAUCGCCGACAAUAACAUGGUUCAAAGGUGCUCGUGAAAUUGUAAACGGUUCACGUUACAGCAUCUAUUCAGAUGGAGAUUGUCAUAAUCUUAUUGUUAAUAGCGUUUUCGGUGAAGAUGCUGAUGAAUAUGUUUGCCGUGCCGUUAAUCGUGCUGGAGCUAAAUCUACGAAAGGAGAGCUUAUGAUCAUGACGCCACCGAAAUUGAUCGUUCCACCACGAUUCCGCGAUACGGCUUACUUUGACAAAGGUUCAAACGUAGUAAUCAAGGUAUCAUUUACUGGUUUCCCUAAACCCAAGAUUAACUGGAUAAGAGAAGGCGAAACAAUUGAGUCUGGCGAACAUUAUGACAUUCAAACCACGGAAAGACAUGCGACUCUUGUCAUUCGUGGUGCUUUCAGAACAGAUUCAGGUCCAUAUCGGGUAUCAGCUGAAAAUGAUAUGGGUCAAGAUUCUAAAAUUAUCGAAAUUAAGAUUUGCGAUCGACCAGAUCCUCCAAGGUUCCCGGUAAUCGAUAACAUUGGUCAUGAUUCUUUGGCUAUCAGCUGGAAACCACCAGUUUGGGAUGGUGACAGUAGCAUCACUAAUUAUCUAGUUGAAAAACGUGAAUAUCCCAUGCAGACCUGGAUUCGCGUUGGCAGCACACGAGUUUGUUCCAGUGCAGUUCAUAAUCUUGUUCCAGGACAAGAUUACGAUUUCAGAGUCUUUGCUGAAAACAUUCUCGGUAGAUCGGAUCCUAGUGAAGUGACUCCACUCAUCACUACUAAGGGUGAGGCUAAGAAAAAACGCGAAGAACCAAAACGAAAGGAUGAAUACGAUCCAAAGACCGGCAAAAAGAUCCGCGGUCGUGGCGAAGGUGAUGUGCAUGAUUACGAUGCCUACGUAUCUGAUAUUUCCGAUAAGUUAUUGUCUCGUCAACCAGUCGAUAUUAAACGCAAUAUUUCAGUUUAUGAUCGCUACGAAAUACUUGAAGAAGUUGGCUCAGGUGCUUUCGGAGUGGUACAUCGUUGCAGAGAAAGAGCAACCGGCAAUGUAUUCGCUGCCAAAUUUAUACCUUCGGCACACGCUAUGGAAAAAGAACUGAUCAGACGAGAAAUUGACAUAAUGAACCAGUUACAUCACAAUAAACUGAUCAAUUUGCACGAUGCAUUCGAAGAUGACGAUGAAAUGGUUCUCAUCUUUGAGUUCUUGUCGGGAGGUGAACUGUUUGAACGUAUCACCCAAGAGGGUUACACAAUGUCCGAGGCCGAAGUGAUCAAUUACAUGCGCCAAAUAAUCGAAGGAAUCAAACACAUGCAUGAACGUAACAUUAUUCAUUUGGAUAUAAAGCCAGAAAACAUCAUGUGUCAAACACGUCAAAGCACAAAUGUGAAACUAAUAGAUUUCGGAUUAGCUACUAAAUUAGAUCCCAAUCAAGUAGUGAAAAUAAGUACGGGCACGGCCGAAUUCGCUGCACCAGAAAUCGUCGAACGUGAGCCAGUAGGCUUCUACACAGACAUGUGGGCUUGCGGUGUGUUAGCUUACGUCUUGCUUAGUGGCUUAUCGCCUUUCGCGGGUGACAAUGACAUUGAAACCCUUAAAAACGUCAAAGCUUGCGAUUGGGACUUUGACGAGGAAGCAUUCCGAUAUGUAUCCGAAGAGGGUAAAGACUUCAUUAGGAGGCUUCUUGUUAAGAACAAGGAGAAGAGAUUGACUGCGCACGAGUGUUUAGUUCAUGCAUGGUUGACGGGAGAUUCUAGUCAGAAAACUAAAGAAAUAAAUACCAGCAGGUACAUUAACUACAGAAAUAAGAUUCGUGCCAAGUACGACGACUGGAAGUCAUUCGUACUGCCAAUCGGUCGACUGGCCGAGUACUCGUCACUUAGGAAACUAUUAGUAGAGAGAUAUCACAUACAAGACGCCAUGUUCGAUCGUCGACAGGCUGCGCCAAGAUUUGUCAUUAAGCCUCAGAGUGCCUUUGCCUACGAGGGACAGAGCGCCAAAUUCACUUGUCGCGUGGUCGCCUUGGCUCCAGCUACUCUCACGUGGUACCGUAACAACGCCGAGCUGAGACAGUCGAUCAAAUUCAUGAAGCGCUACAUCGGCGAUGACUACACAUUCGUUAUAAAUAGGGUAAAAUUGGAGGACCGAGGAGAAUACAUAAUCAGAGCGGAGAACCAUUAUGGAUAUCGCGAGGAGGUAGUCUUCUUGAACGUCCAGCCAUUACCCAAGGACGUGGAGCCUUACAAACCAGAGACUUACCAGCCAGUGCGAAGACGCGAGCCACUGCCAUACCACUUCUGGAUGGAGACAAAGGAGUCGGCACCGGACUUUACCUUCUUGCUGCGACCUCGAGUCAUGCAGGCGCGCGAUACGUGCAAACUUCUAUGUUGCCUGAGCGGCAAGCCACAGCCCACCGUGAAAUGGUACAAGAACAGCAAAGAGCUGUCGAGAUUCGAUUACACGAUGACGAACGCGGACGGCGUCGUCACCCUCGAGAUCGUCGACUGCAAGCCCGAGGACAGCGGCAAGUACAGCUGCGUGGCGACCAAUUGCCAUGGCACCGACGAGACCAACUGCGUCGUUAUAGUAGAGGGCUCGGGUGAGACUGAGGAGCAGGAACAGCUGGCCCACGACUUUUUACAUUCCGGCGAGCGGCGCUUCAUCGAGAAGCCAUUGAAACCCGCCCCGUAUCAACCCGUCACCACCACCCUCAUCAGAUCGACGCCGUACACGCCGUUCAAGCCCGGACACAGUGGCGUGGACAAGGUGGAGCUUCAGGAGCGAGAGUUGCACAGCGUCAGACUGCCCGAUACGCCGGUGAAGAAGCCAGAGCCGGAGCCCGUGGCUGCUAAGCCAGAGCCGCGCAAGACCGAAACCGUCGAGAAGCCCAAGAAGGAUCUGGCCAGCAAGAAGAAGAAGUACGGAAGCAAAACUACUGGCAGCCCCGCCAGAUCGAGGAGCAACACCAGAGACCUUAUUCCUCUGCCAGACGAUGCCAGCAUGGGUCCACCUUCGUUCAGUCAAAAAUUGAGAAGCACCACAUCUGUAACUGAUGGAUCGCGGCUAGAGCUCACCGUACAAGUGAACGGAGAUCCAGAGCCGCAAGUCACCUGGACGAAGAACGACAAGAUAAUGGAAUCGUCAGACGUGAUCGACCUGCGCUACAGAAAUGGACAAGCCAGCCUCACGAUUGCCGAAGUGUUCCCCGAAGACGCCGGCUUGUACGUGUGCACGGCUACCAACAGCAUUGGCAGCGUUUCAACCAGUACCGAACUCACGGUCGAUCCCGUUCACAAGUCACGUGCCUCGGCGCCGGAAGAAAAAGAUAAAGCACCACAAAUAGUCGAUCAUGUCAAGAGUCAAGCGGUCAACGACGGUGACGCGGUGACGUUGAGUUGCCGCAUCAUCGGCGCAAAGAAGUUCGAGGUCAUCUGGUUGCAUAACAAUAAGGAAAUCAAGCCUAGCAAAGACUUCCAGUACACCAAUGAAGCCAACAUACACAAGCUCACCAUUGCUGAAAUCUUCCCCGAGGAUUGCGGCACGUACACCUGUGACGCUUUCAACGAUCAAGGUGAAAGCUUCUCGACUUGCACUCUCAAUGUUCUCGUACCGAACGAUGAACCAAAGAGUCCGGUGUUCACGACAUUCCCGCAAUCGGCCACGGUCACGGAAGGCGAAUCCGUUAAUGCAUCAUGCAAAUUCAGUGAAGCUCCUCUCAAAGUGACGUGGCUGAAGGACGGCAAACCGAUUGAUGAAAAUAGUCCAAAGUACCAAUUCAGCAAGGACAGUGAUAAGAGUUACAAAUUCGGCAUCAAAUCGACGACAGCCAAUGACAUCGGCCAGUACACCGUCCAGGCGGUCGGCAAAAAAGGAGAGACGCAGGCUGCCUUCGCCGUGAAUGUUGUACCACCCGGUGAAAGUGUCGUUUGAUCAGCUUAAUUUUUAUUUCACCAGCUAAAUAAUAAAUCGGUUUAUAUACAUUAAUAAUGCAAAACGACACAAUCGCGUAAAGAAAAAAUUUGAAAUACUCCAUUAAAAGCUGCAAAAGCGUUUUUUUAUAUAUAAUAUAAAUUAAAUAAAAUAUAUCUACACUUACACAACCAUUCUUCACACAUAAAAAACACACACACUUGAAAAUAUAUUAUAAAUAAAUAAAAAAUUAUAUAUACAUAGAUAUAUACAAUUAUUUUAAGAAACUCUACAUUAACUAUACUAUAUCAUGAUUGAAAGACAAUAAAAUAUUAAAAUUAAAAUCUCAUGUGCACGUGCGCGGUAUAAUAACGUGGACGGAUGUGACAAAUAAAACAUAUGAUAAAUAAUAACGAUCUCGCCUUAACUACGCGAAAAUAUUUUGCCCUAAAUAGUGGCAUCUUAUUGCAGGAAAAGUGAACGCGCGCUUUUCAUUCUUGUUACUCAAUUUACUUAAUCGCGUUUUAAUAUUAUUUCUCUCACUUAUAUAAUUUCUCUCUCUCUCUCUAAGUUGCUCUUUCUCUCUAGCUCUCUCACAAUCUUUUACACGAAUGUUAAACAAAUGUAACAAAGUACAAUUAACGUUGAUGGAUUUCUGUUUAAAAAGAAAUCAAACUAUUUUUGACUCGUUUCAAAUAAUUAUUUAAUAAUUGUUGAUAAAAAAUAUAAUGAAUAAUCACAACCGUCCACGUGUAUACCGUCGAACAAUAUAAAAAUGAAUGAAAUGUGCUAAAAUAUUAUUGUAU